GGUAUCCUGCGCUCCAUUCACCACAGAGACCUUGGGAACCGCCGGAAGUCUCUCAACGGAGAGACAGGAAGUCCCGCCUCUUCCUCCCAAAGGGAAGACGGUGAGCCGGAGGAGUCAGUCAGAGGGGCGAGCAGGAACGAUUCCGUGGGCAAACAGGUUUUGAGUGCCAGUUAAGCCUCCUUUGAUGCAAGAAAAAUCAUCAGCACUUUAUUAAUGAUGGAUUCUGAUAAUAAACCUGACAAUGAUGAGGAUGAAAAUAUAAACAAGGAACCAAAAGACUUGAGAAGUAUUUCAUCUAAUAAUGACAGUUGUGGGCCUGUGUUUGAUGGGAUAGCACAUUCCUCUGAGAAUUUCACAAGAAAACGAGGUUUUUCAGAGUCAUCCAGCUUGGGCAGGAUUGCUGUGGAGGAAGACAGAAAUAAACAUGCUUCCAAACGAAUGAGAGUAGAGGAGGCAGAGCCCCUUAAAUCUGGGGAGGAGAGCACCUGUGGAUUCAACACUACAAUAAGCUCGGCUUCUGAAGCAGGUGUUUUGUUAGAUGAAGCAGGAAAGGAGACCUUCCUGAAGGACUGCUCAGACAGAGACACAGAUCUUCCAAAUGCCUUUUCAUCCUCUUGUGAUUUUAAAACUGUUGAUGCUGUUUCUCUGAACACAGACACUGAAAGCAAGUUUGCUCAGGAAAUGGUCAAAGAAAGAGAAUCUCCUUUCCCCCUGAAAGAAAUGAGUGUUAGUUGCACCAUUGGAAAUGUAGAUACAGUUUUCAAGUGUAGCAUAUGUGGUCAUUUGUUUUCUUCUCACUCUGAUUUGGAAAAACAUGCUGAAUGUCUUGGGCAGCAGGCUAAAAAACAUGCCUGCUGUCACUGUAGCCACAAAGCAGAGAGCAGCACAGCUCUCCAUAUCCAUAGCAAACACACACAUGGGGCACAGAAAGUCUUUUCUUGUGAUCUUUGUGGCUUCCAGUGUGGGGAAGAAAACCUGUUGAAUGCACAUUAUCUUGGUAAAACACAUCUCCGGCGACAGAAUCUUGCUGCUCGUGGAGGGUUUGUACAGAUCUUAACAAAACAACCUUUUCCUAAAAAAACAUGUACCAUGGGAACAAAGAAUAUUCAAGCAAAACCAAGAACAAAGAAUGGGAAUCCAAAAGGAUUACACAACCCUGGGAGCAAAUUUAAAGAUUGUGGAGGAAGCAUUUCUCAGCAUAGCAGUAGCAGCAGUGAGCUCCUUGUUGAAGUGGUGCCAUCUAAUAAUACUUUAUCAGAAAAAGCAGAGAUUGUUGAAGAAAAUGAUACCUCUCUUGGUACAGCUAGAAAUCUUGAAGACCAGAGUAAAAAGCUAGGAGAUGUAAUCUCAGAGGAUCUUUUAGAUAAAUCAGAAUCUACCAAAAAUAUCCUACAGACUGUACAUAGUAUCAGUAUCACCUCCAGGCCAAGGCCUGAGAGAAACAUUCUAGUGUUGGGUAAUAGCUUUCGGCGACGAAGUGGCACUUUUAUCUUGAAGGGCCAGGCAAAGAAAAGGUUUAAUCUUUCUGGAAUUAAUAAAAGAGGCACAAAUGAAACUCAGAGGAUGUAUAUGAAACAUUUUAGAACGCCCAUGAAAACAAGUGAUGCAGAACCAAUGUCGAAACACCAAGAAUUGAACAGUGAUGUCCAGAGUCUGUGCGUGACUGCCUCAGACACCCAGAAAAUGAUACAGAACAAGAUAAACUCCCAUCUUCCAAGUUCUGUGCAGCUGAACUCCCCGACAGUGAAGCCAGCUCUUGACCACCAGAUGGUGUAUACGUGUACAGAGUGUGGUCAGAUAGCUACAAAUAGGACAGAUUUGGAAAUCCAUGUGAAAAGGUUCCAUUCAAAAGAGAUGAAAUUUUACUGCCAGACUUGUGACUUUUCUGGUACUUCAAGGAGGGAUUUAGAGGAACAUUUGCACAAUAACCAGCAUCAACAAACUGAUUCUGUCCUAAGUUGUCAAUGUUGUUCCUUUAUUUCUCUGAAUGAGAUAAAUCUUAGAGACCACAUGAAGGUAAAGCAUGGGAUGGGUUUUUUUUGCCACUCUUGUAAUCUGUUUUUGUCUGAGAAAGACAUGGAAGAGCACAGUGCAACUGAGAAACAUAUUAGUUUAUUGGUUCAACCAAAGACUUCUCCAUCGUUGAACAAUGACUUGGUUUUACAGACCUUACCUUUAAGUACUUUGGAAUUAGAAAACACAAAAAAGUCUAUGAAUGAAUCAGGGAAAGCAGCUCAAGAAGAACCUGUUAAGUCCAGGGUAAGCCAUGGAAAUGAGGUAAGGCACUCAAGUAAGCCUCAGUUUCAAUGUAAGAAGUGUUUUUAUAAAACUAGAUCUUCCACUGUUCUCACAAGACACAUAAAGCUUCGGCAUGGUCAGGACUAUCAUUUUCUUUGUAAAGCAUGCAAUCUUUAUUCAUUGAGCAAAGAAGGAAUGGAGAAACACAUUAAAAGAAGCAAGCAUCUUGAGAAUGCCAAGAAAAAUAAUAUUGGCUUAAGCUUUGAAGAAUGUAUUGAAAGGGUAUGUAUUGGUGCAAAUGAUAAAAAAGAAGAGUUUAACAUUUCUGGUAAUGGAAGGAGUGAAGGCCACAUAGGUGUGCAAUUAGAAGAACAUACCUAUCUUGAGAAGAGCAUACCAGCUCCUAAGGAACUGUCACAGUCUGGAGUCAUUACUAAAGAUGCUGAAUUAGCAUUGACCACUACUCCAAAGAGAGGGAGACCCAAAGGCAAUGUCUCAAGGACCUGUUCACAUUGUGGUCUUUUGGCCUCCAGUAUUACAAAUUUGACUGUUCAUAUUAGACGUAAACACAGUCACCAGUAUAGCUAUUUAUGCAAAGUAUGUAAAUAUUAUACUGUAACUAAGGGAGAUAUGGAGCGUCAUUGUGCCACCAAGAAACAUAAAGGACGAGUGGAAAUAGAAGCAAAUGGGAAACAAAGUUCAGAUAUCAUUGUUGGUCCUGAAGGGGGAAAUCUUGAAGCCUGUAAAAAGAAUACCCAAUCAGCAUUGAAUAUUUCAGAUGAACGUGCUAACAAGUCAGUGGAGUCAGAGACCUCUGUUUCAGAAAAGCCAGUAAAUGAUCAUGGAAAUCCAAUUGAAGUUGAAAAUGUAUUUCAUUCUGUAGAUGGAGAAGUUACUAGGCAUCUUACUAAUAAAAAGGAACAAAUAUCUCUAGAGGCAGAGGACCUCCAACAGGGUGAUGCAUGUUCCCAGAGAGAUAUUACAGGUACAAGUGAUAAUAAAUGUCUGCACUGUGAGUUUAAUACUCACUCUUCUGCUUCUCUAGAGCUGCAUGUGAAACGGAAGCAUACAAAAGAAUUUGAGUUUUAUUGCAUGGCCUGUGAUUACUAUGCAGUGACUCGUCGAGAGAUGACAAGGCAUGCAGCAACAGAGAAGCACAAAAUGAAAAGGCAGUCUUAUCUGAACUCUUCUAAUGUAGAAGCAGGUUCUACAGAAGUGUCCAAAGACAUUGUCAUAACUGAAGAGGAGCAGUCACAGAACACUGAAGAAUUUCAGAUAAUUUCAGACCAAACAUCUGAUAAUCUGAAAUCUAGAAAUGCUGCCAGUUGUUCUCUUUUAGAUGAGAAUACUAAUUUAGAUAUGUCUAAAGUACUCUGUCCUCCUGACUCUGUAGAAAUUGAAACUGAAGAAGAAUCUAAUCUCAAUGAUGACCGUUCCUUUUGUGAGACUUUCCAACAGUCCCUUGCCAAGGAGAAAGGUAUUAAACCUGAGAGGGUAUCCCUUAAUAUUUCCUCUAGUUCUGGCUCCUCAAGUGGAUUUCAAAAUAAAAAUUCAGGAAGCUUAGAUUUGAAUUGUGAGACUGGAAAGAAAAACCAUGAUAUGUUGAAUGACAUAACUGCUUCAAGUACACAUUGUGAAAGCAAUGAAGGAAGUGCAAAAAGUAGCAGAGGUGAAGUUCUCGACAAACACUUGUGUCCUAGAGUCCUCACUGGGGGGCAGUCAGCCGAAGGUACUACCUCUAUGGUGAUGAGAACACCAAAAGAGCAGGUAAAUCUAGGUGGCAGUAAUCAGAACAAAGUUGGAUGUGCACACAGUUCAGAAGAUUUGAAAGAUAUGCAAGCAGAUCCUGUCCUGGAGAAUAAGGAAAUUCUGAUGAAUUCACAACAUGAAACUGAAAUUAUUUUAGAAGAAGAUGGCCCAGCUUCUGAUAGCGGAGUUGAACGUAAUGAUGUUUACGAAACUAUAAUCAGUAUUGAUGAUAAAGGGCAAGCCACGUACAGUUUUGGCCAGUUUGAUUCUUCUAUAAUUAGAAUAAAGAAUGCUGAAGAUGGUGAAUUGAUAGACCAACCAGAAGAGGGUCUGCUGUCAAUGGGAGUGAGAAUUAGUGAGUUGCCCUUUAAAGACUGUGCUCAAGGCUUGAAAAAGAAGAAAGUUGAAGGUAGUUCCUUUAGUGAGUCCACACGAAUCCGUUGUGAUGAUUGUGGCUUCUUAGCAGAUGGACUGAGUGGAUUGAAUGUCCACAUAGCCAUGAAACAUCCUACAAAAGAGAAACACUUUCAUUGUUUACUCUGUGGGAAAUCAUUCUAUACAGAAAGCAACCUUCACCAGCAUUUGGCUAGUGCUGGUCAUAUGAGAAAUGAACAGGCCAGUGUGGAAGAGCUUCCAGAAGGAGGGGCUACCUUUAAAUGUGUCAAGUGUACAGAGCCCUUUGAUUCUGAACAAAAUUUAUUUCUACACAUUAAAGGACAGCAUGAGGAAUUGUUGCGAGAGGUGAAUAAGUAUAUAGUGGAAGACACUGAGCAAAUCAACCGCGAGAGAGAGGAAAACCAAGGAAAUGUUUGCAAGUACUGUGGGAAGAUGUGUCGAAGUAGCAAUUCAAUGGCCUUUCUGGCUCACAUUCGCACGCAUACAGGAUCAAAACCAUUCAAGUGCAAGAUAUGCCAUUUUGCAACAGCUCAGCUUGGAGAUGCCAGAAACCAUGUGAAAAGGCACCUUGGAAUGAGGGAAUACAAAUGUCAUGUCUGUGGGGUUGCUUUUGUAAUGAAGAAGCACUUAAAUACUCAUCUACUAGGCAAACAUGGAGUUGGCACACCAAAAGAAAGGAAAUUUACAUGCCAUUUGUGUGAUAGAAGUUUCACAGAGAAGUGGGCCUUGAACAACCACAUGAAACUGCACACAGGAGAAAAGCCUUUUAAGUGUACCUGGCCCACAUGCCACUACUCAUUCCUUACAGCCUCCGCAAUGAAAGACCACUACAGGACGCACACAGGCGAGAAGUCGUUUCUGUGUGACCUCUGCGGCUUUGCUGGCGGAACACGGCAUGCCCUCACCAAGCACCGCCGGCAGCACACAGGAGAAAAACCUUUCAAAUGUGAUGAGUGUAACUUUGCCUCCACAACCCAGUCCCAUUUGACUCGACAUAAGCGUGUGCACACCGGAGAGAAGCCCUACAGAUGCCCCUGGUGUGACUACAGGUCAAACUGUGCUGAAAAUAUCCGCAAACACAUUUUACAUACUGGCAAGCAUGAAGGAGUCAAGAUGUACAACUGCCCCAAAUGUGACUAUGGGACAAAUGUCCCUGUGGAAUUCCGCAACCACUUGAAAGAACAACAUCCUGAUAUCGAAAACCCUGACCUCGCUUACUUACAUGCUGGCAUUGUGUCCAAGUCCUAUGAGUGCCGUCUGAAGGGACAAGGAGCCACCUUUGUGGAAACAGACAGCCCUUUCACUGCUGCCGCACUUGCAGAGGAGUCUCCAGUCAAAGAGAAGUCUCUUAGGAAUAGCAGGAGGCAGGCUGAGCCCCCUGAGCAAGUCCAGCAGGUCAUCAUCAUCCAGGGGUAUGACGGGGAGUUUGCCCUUGAUGCCUCCAUGGAGGAAACAGCUGCAGCCACACUGCAGACACUGGCAGUGGCUGGCCAGGUGGCGAGGGUGGUGCACAUCACAGAAGAUGGGCAGGUCAUCACCACAAGUCAGAAUGGGGCACACAUGGGCAGCGUAGUGCCCGGACCUGUUCUCCCUGAGCAGCUGACAGAGGGGGCCACCCAGAUGGUUGUCGUUGGGGGCUCAGUGGAAGGUCAUAGUAUGGAUGAGUCCCUUGAUCCAGGUGGCUCUGUGAUACAGCAGGUGACCAAACAGGAGGUUUUAAGUCUCUCAGAGGGUGGAGUUCCUCCACCUGAUGCCUCUUCAGCCUUAGAUGCAUUGCUAUGUGCUGUCACUGAGUUGGGGGAGGCAGAAGGUAGGGCUGGGCAUGAGGAAAAGGACAGGCCUGACCACAAGGAUGUGCUGAUCCAACUGCCCAGUCAGGAAGCACUGCACGCAACUCCCGACCCUGAAGCCCCAGAGACCCAGAUGUUCCAAGAUGCUCAGGAGAGUCCAGCCGCUGUGGAGGUGCUGACCCAGGUUGUCCGGCCCUCAGCCAUCAUCGCAUCUCAGGAGCGGGCUCAGGUGGCCUUCAAGAAGAUGGUCCAAGGAGUCCUCCAGUUUGCUGUGUGUGACACUGCCACAACUGGCCAACUCAUCAAGGAUGGCGUUACCCAAGUCAUCUUGAACGAGGAAGGCACUGUCCACAUGGUAGCUGGGGAGGCCUCCCAGUUCAUCAUGCAGGAAGCUGAGGCCCACAGCCUGCGGGUGCCAGCUGAGCACGUGGACCUGGUAGAAUCUGAGGGGGAAAUCUCGCAGAUCAUUGUGACGGAGGAACUGGUCCAAGCCAUGGUCCGGGAGUCUGGCAGCAACUUUCCAGAGGGUGCAACUCACUACAUUGUGACAGAAUUGCCCCCAGGGGUACAGGAUGAGGCGGGUGUGUACUCUCACACUGUGAUAGAGACCACCAACUCUCAGGAGAUCCUUCAGGCUGGGGCUGCACUCACCUCUGAGGCUAUGGUCCCAAAUGGCACCGAACAGUUGACAAGCAUGGUCAUUUAUACCCAGGAAGGCACCCCGGCAGCGACAGUGAUUCAGAGCCAAAGAGAAAGUAGUGAGCUCCUAGAAGCAUGAAUUACAGCCUCAACGCUGGGCAUAAGGCAGGUGUGCAAAGAUCCCUCUCAAGCUGGCACAGUGUUCCCUGAGCUUUGUAAACCUUUCAAACAGUGAUGACGACAUAACUUCAGACAGUGCUGCACAUGCCCUUCUGGUGGGGGUAACGUCAGCCACCAAAAAGACACACAUGGAAAGCCCAGAGCAAGGCUGGCCAAGAAAGAGUCAGGGCCCUCUGAGAAGGCCGAGGCAGGCAGGCCAGCCCUGUGCCAUGGAGCCUGUCACUGUUUGGUCCUUUGCUCAUGGCUUUCCACCUGUUCCACCACUGCACUGAGGAGAAACAAUUCUCCCUGGCUUUAUCCUACAAAUGUUGUCCCAUUUCAGUCAUCAAAAGAUGGUCCCCAUGGUGGGAAAUAGGUAAGAAAUGUCUCCUAAAGCCUCAGCCUCUUAGCUCCAGCUGCCUGGCAUGCAGCUCUGUCAUCGUUUCCUUAUGCGUUUAGUCAUAGAUUGCAGCUGCUGUGAUUGCAUCCUGAAGCAGGCCAUCCCAUUCUUUUUUUUUUUUUUUUUU